AUGAAACGAACAAAUCGUGUAGAACCAUUGAAUAUUGAUGCUAGUCAAUUAUCAUAUGCUGCAAUGAUAAUUAGUACACAAAUGGAAAUUAUACGACGAGUAGAAGUGAUGCCAACAGUAGAUAAAUCUUUUAAAAUAAUUCGAUUACAUCCGAAUCUUUGUCAAUCACGACCAACUUCAUGGUUUAUUGGUUGUUUAUUUCUUACUACUGGAAUUCUUGCUCUUUCAAUUACAAUUAUAGGUUUAAUAAUUACAUUUGAAACUAGAACAAAUGGUAUCGAAAGAUAUGAUCUGGGUGAUUUACAUUAUGGUAUAAAUAAUAUGAAUCAAGUGAAUUUUUCUUCAAAUACUUAUCUAUCAAAUCUCAAUAAAAUAUUCGUUGAAAAAUAUCUAUCUAAUCAAUUAGUGAAUGAAUCUGGUUUUCGUAAUUUAGUCAUCGAUAGAGUUUUUGUACGAAAUCAAUUCAAUACACAUACAUGUGAAACUAUUUUUAUUAUUGAAAAUAUUCAAGUUUAUUUUGAUGAAUGUUUUGUUUGUAAACAGGAACGUAAUCUUGUUUUAUAUCAUUCAUUUUUUAAUAUAACUUCUUUUCAACAACCACUUCAUUUAAUAUUGAAUAAUUUCAAUAUAUUGGCACAUAUCUGUUCAACACCAAAUUCAUCUCAUUCAAGUAAAAACAAUACUAAUUCUAAAUCUAUGUCAACUUAUUUGGAAACAAGUACACAAAUUUCUAGAACGAAAUUUACUUCUACUAAUACUAUUCUUUCAACAAAUCCAUUUGAAAGAAUAAUUGAUUCAAUCUCUACGAAUAAUCAUCCUGUUGAAACUACAGAAGAAUCGUUAAGUUUUACAACCGAUCAUGUGCCAACAACAUCUAAGCAUCUUGAAACAACUACUCAGUUUUUAACUUCUCUAAAACUAACGAGUAAUCGUCGAUCUUCAACUACCACAAAUACAAAUCUUUUCCAAAAACCUCCUGCAAGUAUAUUUCAAUUUUUACCAUUCAGACCAUCAACGACUAAUUUUCAUCGACAGAAGACUUUAUUCAAACGAUCCAAGUGA